AAAAGAAGCGGGAUUCUUUAGAAUUUAGACAUACAAGAAUUAGAGCUAGUGCAGGCCUAGGGGUAGAUCCACUGUCAUGGUUCCGGGCUCACCUAGUACUUUCGUCGCGGAGUAUAAUUUUAUAUAUGCAAAUUCAAUAAAAUUGCAACAAAUAGUAAAUAUGAACUCAUAACUUUAAAAUAUAAUGAGUUCACUGCGGAAAACCUUAAAAGUUGAACCCAUAAAGAUUAAAUCCUGGAUCCGCCUCUGGUGUGGCCUAAUGAUCAAUGAAGUGGGUUGAGAACCAUGAGGUCUCAUGUUCAAACUCCAACGGAGGCAAAAAAAGAAGGUGAUUUCUUCACAUUUGUCGAAGCCUUGGUAUAUAGAGUUACUCGGUGCCUGUCUUGAUAGGAGGUAGCAGGUACCUCGUGGAGUUAGUAUAGGUGCACAGGCGGGCCCGGGCACCACAACAAUAAAAAAUGUAUAUUCAAUUCUAGUAACACAACAAUAGCAGUGCUCAAUAUUGCCUUACGAAGUGUCUGUCCCACAUGUCUAAGAUGGUAUUGCCACCAAGCUUAAAAGAUGACCCACCUCUCUUGUCUUUUUGCACUGAGGAAAUUUUACUACAAUUAAGCUGAUGUUCAAACCUUACACACCAUAACUAAUUGCUCUGGCUUCUUGCAAAGUGAAGUUUUCACUUCAAGGCUCUGAAACCUAAUCUUGAAUUCAAAUAUACAUACUUCCUACAAUAACUUUGGAGUUUGAUUGAUAUUCAACAUAAACUUAAACUUGGAUGAUAUUGGAGAGAGUUUCUUCGAGGCUAGGUAUAUAUGUCCACUCAAGUCUUGGUCGUGGUAAAAUGGGUGGAUAACAUGAUUAUUAAUGUUAUGAACCUGUUGUCGCCAAUGUUGAGAAGAUUAAUUGCUAAUGUUUUAACUGUGUUUAUAUUGUAUCAUCGGUUGCUGAUGUCAUGCUUGGAUUAUCAUUGAAAUCGUCCAUGAUACUAUUCUUGCACCAGCGAUGGUACUGGCUUUACUUAACCUUAAGUAUUUAAGAUGUCACCAAUAGAAUCGGAAUCCCAAACACUGGCAUUGACAACAUCUUUGACCUUGAUUUGAUUUAAAUUGUUAACUUGACAGCUGAUAUGUUUUAAUCACCAAAAGAUAAUGGACAUUAUUAUAUUUGUCAACAAUGUUUUAAAUUUACUGGCGAGAAAUAUUCUCAACUGGCAUCUUUUACUUGGUGCACUUUCAUAUACCUAUAGAUAUACAUGGUGGAAAGUGGUGCUUUAUUUGGAAUUGGAGUUUUGGUCUGGAGAUGUUCAACCUAAAAUGGAAGAAUCUUGGUUGAACAACAAUAUUUUGGAGAGAUGUUGGCAUGCUACUGGUUAGAAGUGACAAAGUGAGGAAGAGCUGUGAAUUUUCCAGCAACGGCAAGGCUGGAUUAGGAAUGUUAGUUUUUGAACAAAACAAGUUAGGCGUAGUGCUAGUUCCUGCUUCAAUCUGUAUCUGUUUUUAGGUAGUGCCGGCAAACAUGAAAGUUUUGGAAGUUUGGCUGGAACUGUGAGCAAUUCAGUCCUGAUGUUGCUCUGUGGAGAUGGAACAAAGCUAAACUCAACCACUGGAUUGAAGGGUUCAAAGUGGAAAGUAGCCCAAUUCACUCUGUAACAAUCUCUCAUUUGCUCUAUGCAGACGAUACUUUAAUAUUUUGUGGAGCGGAGAAAUUGCAGGUGCAAUACCUAAACUUGACUUUAAUGCUUUUUGAAGUCAUCUCAGGGCUUCACAUAAACAUGAGGAAAAGCAAGAUCUAUCCUGUGAAUGAAGUGCAAAACUUGGCUGAAUUAGCAGAAGUCAUGGCAUGUGGCAUAGGCUCCUUUCCAUCUACAUAUCUUGGUCUUCCCUUGGGAGCAAAAUUUAAAGACACCGGAGUAUGAAAUGGGGUGAUAGAAAAGGUGGAAAAAAGGCUGGUAAAUUGGAAUAUGCAAUAUUUGUCCAUGGGAGGGAGGCUGACACUAAUCAAUAGUGUCCUGGAUAGCAUUCCAACUUAUAUAAUAUCCCUUAUUCCUAUGCCUGGUGAGGUGCAAAGUAAGCUGGACAAACUUAGAAGGACGUUUCUGUGGAAAGGUAACAGUGAAGAUCACAAAUUUUACCUUGUGAAAUGGGAAAAGGUUAUCCUACAAAGUAUCAGGGUGGGUUGGGAAUAAGAGAUCUAAACAAACACAACAAGAGCAUACUGAUGAAAUGGUGGUGGAGGUAUCCUCUGGAGAGAAGUGGUCAACGCGAAGUAUGGGAAACUUGACAACUGGUGCACCAAAAAAAAUACAGCCCCUCAUGGUGUUGCUCCCUGGAAGUACAUUAAUAAUAUGAAGGAUGAAUUCUUCCAGGAAGUGUCCUUUAGGAUUGGAAAUGGCACCUCUGUAAAGUUUUGGAAAGAUAAGUGGUUGCUUAAUAUUCCCCUGAAAGACUCUCAUCCUAGACUCUUCCUAAUAGCAACAGAACCAGACUCCACAGUUGCAAGCAACAGGGAGGGAAACAUUUGGGAUAUCCGUUUAGAGGAAAUUUGCAGGACUGGGAACUGGGAGAGAUCUUUGACCUGUUUAAAUCUUUGGAAGGUUUUCCAGUGAAUUCACAAACACCAGAUAGCCUGAAAUGGGGAGAAUCAAGCAAAGGGGUGUUCUCAGUGAAGGCGAGUUAUAAUAGGACGAAUACUAUCAAUGUUUUGACUGAUCCUUGGCCUUGGAAAUUGAUGUGGAAGACAAAAUUACCCACCAAAGUCAAGUGUUUUACUUGGAAAGCCCUCAAAAAUGCCACACUAACUCUGGAUAAUUUAAAAAAGAAGAAGAUCCAUUUGGUGAACAGAUGCUAUAUGUGCCAAAAAGAGUCAGAGUCAGUAAACCAUCUUUUUUUGCACUGCCCUGUUGCAGCAGAUCUCUGGCACAUGUUUACAGCAAAUUUUGGAAUCAGUUGGACAAUCCCAUAUAGCUUAAAAGGAGCAGUUGAAAGUUGGAGCUUAUGGAAAGUGAAAGAAACCAUCAACAAGAUCUGGCAAAUGAUACCUACAUGUAUAUUUUGGUGUUUAUGGAUAGAGAGGAACAGCAGAUGCUUUGAUGAUACAUUCUCUAAACCAGUAUCCGGUUCUGAUGAACCCCAGCAGGGUGGUUGGUUUCGUGCUUUCACUAUUGCUGCUUACAAGCCCUAUUUUGAUGUUGAUACCUCUGAUGUUCUAGAGAGGAUAAAAGAUUCUCUCUUUCCUUUCACGGGGUCCUUUUCGGAGAAGACUGCCAAUAACCCAGAUUUGUAUGGCCCGUUCUGGAUAUGCAGUACCUUGGUUUUUGUUGCGGCUUCCAUUGGCACAUUUAUUACCUAUAUAGCACACAAGCUACAGAACAAGGAGUGGAACUAUGACAUCAACCUGGUCACUUGGUCCGCGGGUUUAUUCUAUGGUUACUCCACUAUAGUUCCUCUUUGCUUGUUUCUAGUCCUCAAAUACUUCUCUGCCCCAUCUGGCCUCGUUCAGUUGCUUUGCCUUUAUGGCUAUUCCCUUUUUGUCUUCAUUCCAGCAUUGUGUCUGUCUCUUGUUCCCUGGGAGAUAGUGAGAUGGGUGGUUGCUGGUGUAGCUGGUUUCAUGUCUGCCACAUUUGUCGCUCUUAAUCUGAAACAUCACAUAGCAUCGGCUGGCGAAAGGUGGUUCUUCAUUGUCGCUGCUAUCUUCGUGCUGCAACUUGCACUUGCUUUGGUAUUGAGGGUUUACUUAUUCAACGUCACAGUAUAACUAUGAAACUAUUGAAAUGUGUCUAGGCUCAGUUUGAACAUGUUAUAUUAAUCACAGAGGAAGGAACUGUUCUUUGUAUCAACUUGACUGGAGUGUGCUUGGUCAUUGAAACGGAACUGUAUUCAUUCAUUUUUGACGAUAUACAAUAAUAUAGUUUCACCGUCACCAAAUUAAAA